CACAUCGAAAGAAAAAAGUUGAAGAUACAUCAACACCAGCUUACCGACAAAAACCAAAAACAAUAAUCAAAGCUCAAACUUCAGAAAACCCAACUAUAAACACGAAAAAUAAGAACAUUUGUAAAAACUCUCUGUUAGAUCGGUGGUUUAAUAAUCAAUAUAGCGACGAUUCACUUGAUGAAUCGAAAGAUAAUUUAUUUUCAAAAUUUCAACGAAAAUUUCAGCAAGGAACAAAAAAAGAACAUGAAUUACGAGAAGAUUAUGAAUCUCGAAUUCGAAGUAAAGCGCUUGAUGAUGACGGUAGUGAUAGUUCUAUUAGAGGGGACGAAUUAAUUAAAAGUGUAAAAGGUAAAAAUGGAGAAAGACGUAACACAAAAUCUAAAGGGAAGCAACGCGCGGAUUCUAUACCAGAAAAUUCUACUACAGCUGGUUUUGCCAUAAGAUAUCCAGUUCGCACAACAAGAAGUAGAAGAUGUAGUGAUUAUGUAACUACCGAUCAAGAAUUUGCAGAAAUAUUACAAAAACUUGGUGCAGAAGACCAAAAACAGGGACAAGAACAACAACGGGGAGAAUCAUCACGUGCCCGUAUCCCUCCACUACAAAUUGAUGUUAGUGGACAAAAAGCAAGUAAUUUUGUGGACAAUUCAGGUCGUGUAUUCGAUCCGGUAGAAUUUUACGGACACAAUACCCCGUUAGGUUCAAAUUGGACGGAAGACGAGCAAAACCAAUUUGAAGAGUUGUUUAAGAUGACGCCAAAAGAUUUUAAUAAAAUAGCAGAUAAAAUGGCACAUAAAACAGCCGGCGAUUGCGCCAUAUUUUAUAAGCAUCUAAAAACUGCCAGAACUAAAUCUGGAGAUGUAGACGAAAAAAAGAGAGAAAUUUAUAAUCGUCUUCAUGAUAUGAAAGUAAAGCCUAAGAAGAGAGGACAAAAACGAGCGGUGAGAGGACGGAAUCGUUCAAAUUUUUCGAGUAAUCAAGUUCCGUCACCAACACGUGCCAUAGAUACAAUCGAACAAUCUAUUGUUGGAGACAUGGAAUCGGCCGAGAAGCUGGAUGUUUCAUUACAAUUACAAAGACCUAAGUUAGAAGGUUCACCAUCGGAAAUUACAAAAGAAACAUCAAUUAAUCAUAUUCUUGACCAAGAAGUUGGACAAGCAGCACUAGCACUAACGUUAAUGUCAAGACAAUUUCCUAUAGAAAGUACAGAAAAAUCGUCCGAACAAGCGUUACCAAAGGCUAAAACCUUGACAUUUAAUAAAACUGAAGGACAUGCAGCACAAAGUUAUAAUGACUUUCGUUCAAGGCACAUUCAAACAGAUGGAUGUCAAUCAACACUUUCAAUAGGAUCAUUAUUAAACCCAUCAGAUGAAAUGGAUCCGUCCUCGUUUAUGAGCUGGUUCGAUAGCCUGGAAGAUGAAGAACAAAGCUAUUUAUUAGUGAUUAACUUUACUAAUGAAUCUACUGAUUUUGUUGUUACCGUGCCAAAAAAAUAUAAGAUACCCGUGGCCAAUGUUGUCAUGGGACAGUGA